AUCGGUCUCCAUUUCCCCGCGAGAAAAAUGGAGUAGAAUGCUGCACUAAAUUUUGUUGUGAAAAAAGCAAUUAAGAAAAAAUUAAAAACUUUGAAAUAUGAUGCCAAGAAUGAUGCGUCCACGACCACCAGCCCCAAGGCAUGGAGGACCUGGUCCAUUGGGCCCAGGACACAGAGCUCCCAGAGGAAUGGCUCCUCAAAUGAGUACACAAAGUUAUAAUUCUGGGCCAGCUGCCAAUGUAGGAAGUGUGACAAAUGACCCCAAUACAGCCAGGUCCCGAGUGUUUGUGGGAAAUCUAAAUACUAUUGCUCUUUCAAAGGAAGAUGUAGAAGGGAUCUUUAGUCGUUAUGGGAUUGUCACAGGACUGUCCAUGCAUAAGGGAUAUGCCUUUGUUCAAUACAGCAAUCAGCUGGAUGCCAGACGAGCCUGUGGUGCUGAGGAUGGAAUGACUUAUGCAGGGCAAGCUCUAGAUAUCAAUAUUGCCUCUGAGCCAAAGCACAGACCAAAUCAAAAGACUACGUCAACUGCACAGACUUCCAGUGGUGCAUCACGUCUCCUCAACACACAAAGUGGACCUCCAGCAAAGAAGAUGAGGACAGACUCUGGAACUGGAGGCAUCAAGAGAACAUUGGUCAAUCUUACCUCUGGAAAUAGUUCUACCGCUCCAGCCAGCAAAACUAUUACUCAGCUGGCACAGGCUGCCAAAGAUGUUUUGAUUUGUGGUGUAUGUAAGACAUCAUUCAGCAGUCUUCAUAGCUUAGCACAACACAAGAAGACACCUUGUCGACUGAAGAUCUCUUGUCAGUGCCAGAGCACCCCUCCUCCAGAGUCCCCCGAGCCUUCCCAGCUGGCGUGUGCAACAUGUAAUGCCGAAUUUGCAGCUGCAUGGGAGCUCUGCCAGCAUGCACAGCAAGAACAUAACCUCAGCAUAUACAAAGUGGAGGAAGAAACAGUAGAGGUUACAGUUAAAGAGGAGGUUGUACUGGUGGAUGGUGAGAGUAAUGAAGUCAGUGAAAAUGGUCAGUAACAGUAAUUAUCAGGAAGCUACAACUUUUACAACUGGGGAGUGGAUCCAAUGGACAGAAUGGGGCAUGUGACGACACACACUUUUCAUUUAACCCUCACCUGUAACAUAUUUUCCCAUAAAUGGAUAAUGACAAUGUAUAAACAUUUUUCCUCAUUGUAUUUUCUUGUUUCUUUGCAUAUGAACUGUUUUUAUCAUUCAUUUAAAUGACCAUGCUAUCAGUGACUCAUUAAUUUGUACAGAACUGGAGUGUAUAACAUGCUCACGUUUCUUUGCAUUCAUUGAAAAUUUUUAAAAGAUGGAAUUGUUUUGUGUAUUGCGUCUUUAUGUGAAUCAGCAUGUUCAUGAUCUGGAUUUUACUAAGGAAUCAUUCUUGUUAAGUUCAUUUUGUUUUCAGAGUUGUAAAUCUGAUUUGUUCAAGAAGGCUUACCAUUAGAUUAUUUGUUAUUCUAAAAUAUGGUGUUCAUAUCAUGGAGUGUGGUGAUGAUCUUCGUAAUCGAUGUAUUGCAAUUUGAAAAUUUUCAUGUUCCCUCGACUACCAUAUGUGGGUAGUUGGAGUAUCAAUUCAUUGUAGAUCUUCCUGUAUACUUAGUAUUUGAAAAAAAAAAAAAAUAACCCAGCCAACUACAAUAGAAGAACUUAUUGUUCUUUUGUUUUUUUCUUUUUCUUUUUUUUUCCCCCAAGAAACUUGACAUUGCAGGAGUAUUAUGAUUUUUAUUGAAAGAACAAUUGAAAGUAAUUUUGAUUUCUAUGAAUUUCAUUUUCAGACAUGUUUUUGAGUUUUGUUCAAUAUAAAUUGAAUUUGGAUUGUACUUGUAAUU